UAUCAAUCACAUCCAGCUUUUUUGAUUUUUAUUUUUUAUUUCUCCACAAGACACCUAGAGUAUUAUUUCCACAGAGUUAGAAACGGUUUACCCCCUGUUCUUGGCCCUGGUAUAGCCACCCUUCCCUCCCUCUUUUUUCUUUAGUGACUGACUGUCCCGCGAUGCCUCGAUACCGCCACACGUGCCACCGAUCGUCGUGAUAUCACCAUUGCAUUCCACAACGGUGACGGACUUCCGUUGGCGGUGCGCUUCUAAUCAAUAAGAUGGAUACCGAAGCAUCCGCGGAGAGAGUUGCUAUUGGAGGUUCUCACGGCUGGUCUCGCCGGGGCAGACGACACCAUGCGGGCAAAAGAGAGUCUGGGUUAGGUGGACAGGCUACCUGGCUAAGCAGUGUUAUCAACCUGUUGAACACAAUUGUUGGUGCCGGUGCUUUGGCAAUGCCUAGUGCCCUCGCGCGGAUGGGAAUCACCCUCGGAGUCCUCAUUAUCAUAUGGUCGGGGCUCACAGCUGGUUUUGGCCUCUAUCUACAGUCGUUAUGUGCCCAAUAUCUAGACCACGGAACCGCAUCCUUCUUCGCCCUCUCGCAGAUCACGUAUCCAAAUGCUGCUGUAAUUUUCGAUGUCGCAAUCGCCAUAAAAUGCUUCGGCGUGGGCGUAAGUUACCUGAUUAUCAUCGGGGAUCUCAUGCCUGGGGUUGUCGAAGGCUUCGGUGCAGAUGCUGCUGGGAUGGCCUUUUUGCUUGAUCGCCAAUUCUGGGUUACGGCAUUUAUGUUGGUUGUUAUUCCUCUUUCAUUCCUGAGACGACUGGACUCUUUGAAGUAUACGAGCAUCAUUGCUCUAACCUCUAUCGGAUACCUGCUGGUCCUGGUCGUUGCUCACUUUAUCAAGGGAGAUACCAUGGCGGAGCGCGGUCCGAUUAAUUAUUUUAAAUGGCAAAGCGCAGUGUCCGCCCUUAGUGCAUUCCCAGUUAUGGUGUUUGCAUACACCUGCCAUCAAAAUAUGUUCUCAAUCCUCAAUGAAAUUUCCAACAGCACUCAUUUCCGAACAACAAGUGUUAUUGUAUCCAGCAUUGGCAGUGCUGCCUCUACUUAUGUUCUCAUCGCAAUUACAGGAUACCUUUCCUUUGGAAACAACAUUGGCGGCAAUAUUGUAGGCAUGUAUGUGCCAUCAUUAUCUGCAACGAUAGCGCGUGCAGCCAUCGUUGUCCUUGUCAUGUUUUCCUACCCUCUCCAGGUCCAUCCUUGCAGAGCAUCGAUGGACGCUGUUCUAAAGUGGCGGUGGAAUCCCAAAUCCUCAUCCAACCCCUCCAAUUCUUCUCCCAACCGCAACCCUCUCCUCCCUCGACCGAACCAGCCUCAGGAUACCAUGGGAGAUACUCGGUUUGCCAUAAUCACCACGGUAAUCCUUAUUUUAAGCUACAUCGUUGCCAUGACGGUAUCAUCCCUCGAAGCCGUGCUAGCGUACGUAGGAAGUACCGGUAGCACAAGCAUUAGCUUCAUCCUUCCCGGCCUCUUCUAUUACAAAAUCUCCUCCCCCGAGUCUGCCAUACAUCAACAAUUAAUGAAGGAGAACGACGAGGCGGCUACGGAUGAUAUGUCAGAUGAUGGCGCGGAGGGCGAGGGUCUUCUGAGCGCCAGCGGCAUCCUCUCAGCCAGCGGGAUCCUUAAACGAAACACGCGGCAAUGGCGAAAGAUCCUCCUCCGCAAGCUGAGUUUGGGUCUUGCGAUAUACGGGGUUAUUGUCAUGGUUGUUUGCCUCGUUACCAACACUUUCUUCCUCGCCUCACACCAAUAACACCCGCAUUCUCUCUCUCCCUCUCCCAGAAUUGCCCACUUACUCCUAUCCUAUACUUAUACAAACACUCAGACGUAGAAAAAUACCACGCCUUCUCUACGAUCUUGAGUAUAUCAUUUUAAUCCCUGCAUUCUAGUGUUACUCCCUAUUUCUUUCCUGCAGCAUGGACACAGGUGGACACAGCGCAAAACGACUUUUCUUUUGCAUAAUGUCUAUUUUUCAAAUCUAGGCCACAAAUUCUCUCCCAGUCGCUUGACUGGGACCUUAAACCAAUCGAUUCCAGGGGCUAUAGAGACGAUCUAGCAACACUGGAUAGGAUAAAUGGCUGUUUUGAUCUCCCAUCCAGCUUCCUCCACAAUUCUUCAUCCUGUAUUUCCUUUUUUUUUUCCUUUUUCUUUUGGGAUAAUCAGAUUAUUACUUUAGUUGUGCAACCAUAUCCCUUGUCCGUUCUAAUUUUGAGGAGUCGUCAGCUAAUAUUGGGGUUUCGGACGUUGGCGUUCUGUGUUUCGUACUAUAAUAUCCUUGCCACUAUGGAUCUAAACACGCAAUACCAACCCAUUUGCUUCCUGUUUUAUUUUAUUUUCUCGUCAUUACUUUUACCUCUGAUAUUGUUCUUUUGUUUUUGUUUUGUGUCAUCUAGCAUCACCGUCAAACCCUAUCAAAUCCUAUAGACCCAUUUCCCCCCUUUCCGUUUCCGUUUGCGAUAAUGUGUAUCUGCUACCUACUCCAAGUACCCCCUUUGCGUAUUGAGUUUUCUAAUUUCUUUUGCUGCUUCGUCCCUUUUUU